GUGACUAAAAGAGGGAAAACGAAGAGGAUGGCCGGAGCAAAGUCAGCCCUGGUUCUCUGCAUGGAUGUGGGCUUCUCCAUGUCCAACUCAGCCCCUGGUGAAGAGCCUCCUUUUGCACAGGCGAAAAAAGUCAUCCAGAAGUUUGUCCAGCGGCAGGUUUUUGCAGAGACCAAGGAUGAACUAGCUUUGGUUUUGUUUGGCACGGAUUAUACCAAAAACCCUUUGGCCCGGGAUGGGCAAUACCAGAACAUCACAGUGCAUCGUCAUCUUAUGGUGCCGGACUUUGAGCUGCUGGAAGAGAUCGAACAUCAGAUCCACCCUGAAAAUCAGCAGGCUGACUGGCUGGAUGCUCUUGUAGUUUCCAUGGAUCUUCUCAAGACAGAAACCCAGGGGAAAAAGUGUGAUCGCUUAAACAUUGUUCUCCUGACUGACCUGAGCACUGAAGCCAGUUCAGACAAGCUGGAUGUCAUAAUUGAAAACUUGAAACAAGCUGAAAUCAACAUGCAGUUCUUUUUGCCUUUCCCAGUGGAGGAUGAAGAAGAGGGUGAAGGAGAUGGGGACAGAACGGGUUCCGGUGACCCUGGUAGGGGCAAAGGUCUCUCCAGGGAACAGCGAAGUGGCCUGGAAAUGAUUAAAAACAUCAUGCUGAGUCUGGAUGAGGAGGAGGGCCUGGAAGAAAUUUACACAUUCAGGAAUGCUAUGGAGCACUUGUGUAUGUUUAAACGCAUUGAGAGGAGACCCAUGGCCUGGCCCUGUCAGCUCACCAUCGGUAGCUCUCUGUCCAUCCGUAUCGUUGGCUACAAAGCAGUGACUGAGGAGAAACUGAAGAAAAUGUGGAUCACAGUCGAUGCUCAAACCAACAAGAGAGAUGAUGUGAAGAGAGAGACUGUUUACUGUCUGGAUGACGACAAUGAGACAGAGGUGCAGAAGGAAGACAUUAUUCAGGGUUUUCGGUACGGAAGUGAUAUCGUACCUUUCUCCAAAGUGGAUCAGGAUCAGAUGAAAUACAAGCAUGAUGGGAAGUGCUUUGCUGUUCUGGGCUUCACUAAAAAGAACUUGGUUCUUCGCCAUCAGUUCAUGGGAACACAGAUUGUCAAGAUAUUUCCUGCACGGGAUGAUGAGCAUGCAGGCGUGGCCAUGUCGGCUCUGAUCCGUGGUCUGGAUGAGCUCAACAUGGUUGCCAUUGUGCGUUACGCCUACGACCGGCGCAGCAAUCCUCAAGUGGGCGCUGCAUUCCCGUGUAUCAAGCCUGAAUAUGAGUGCCUGUUAUAUGUUCAGCUGCCCUUCAUGGAAGAUCUUUAUGGAAGAGAGUUUACAUUUCCUUCUCUUGAGAACAACAAGAAGAUUGCUCCAUCAGAAACGCAGUUGUCAGCCAUCGACUCUCUUAUCGAUUCGAUGAUGCUUGUAACAGAAGACGAAGAUUUGCUCAAACCUCACCAUCUUCCCAACCCUGCCUUCCAGAGACACUUCCAGUGUCUGCACCACAGGGCUGUACACCCUGACUCUCCUCUUCCCCCCAUGGAGCCGUGGCUGGAGGCUGCUCUCGAUCGCCCUGAGGUCAUCCAGGAACGCUGCCAAGCUCCACUGGAGGAGAUAAAGAAGUUGUUUCCACUCACCGAAGUGGAGAAGAAAAAGAAGCUGAAGACAAGCGCUCAGAUUUUUGGCAAAGACUCUGAGGAGCCAGAUGCCAAGAAAGCAAAAGAAGACGAAGCAGAGGAUGAGUAUAACCUGGCAAACAUUUCCGAAGGAUCUGUUACUUCUGUGGGAAGCGUCGAUCCAGCCCGGGACUUCCGCGCUUUGAUCAAACAGAAAACUCUUCCGUUCGGAGAAGUCUGUCAGCAGCUGACUCACAGGAUAGAGCAGCUGCUUAGCAACAAGAACACGCACUACUACAUGAAAAGCAUCACCUGUAUCCAGGCUUUCAGAGAGGAGUCUGUAAAGCAGGGGAAUGCUGAUCUGUUCAACAGUUACCUUCAGUCCCUGAAAAGGAGUAUUCCCAGCAGAGCCCUCGAGGUCUUCUGGGACCUGCUUGUUCAAGACGCUGUGACUUUGAUCAGCGAGGACGAGGUAGAAGGAAGCGCCGUGUCGAAAAGUGAAGCUUCUCAGUUUCUUUUGACUGAGGAAAAGAAAGAACAAGUUGCUUCUGAACCGGUGGAAGACACUGGUGAUGUGGAUGACUUGCUGGACAUGAUGUAAGAAAAGAAGCAGGAGGAUUGUUGGCAGAAAUCUAAGGAAUGUGGUUUUGAACCCACCCAAAGCAAGCGAGUUAAACCGUCCUUUGUCCUGUUCCUUCCACUGGAAGUCCCCGUCACUGGGUUUAUUUAAGUUUACUGUACUUUAUUAAACAAUUGACCAAACAACUUGCAGAAAACUGCUUAGAUCAAAAAGUUUGUAUUCCCCUUUAAAUGUAAAAUCACUAUAUUGUAUGAGUCUUUUGUAAGUCAAUUUCUAAUCAUCUAGUGUAAUAAAAACUGCAACAUUCAGGGUA